UUUAUUUAAUGGUUGAUAAUACAACGUUUAGCCGUUUAAUCUAAGUAACUAUAAUUGUGGUAGUUUGGUGGAAAUGUCUAGUUGUAAGCGAGUCAUUCACCAACGCUCAGACUGAAUCUCAAAGAACCGGUUCAAAAGAACGAUUCGCGAAUCGAACAGCGCCAGUUACACACGCGGCGGACGGCCAAAGGUUCCACACGCAUCGCUCUCAGUUGAUAACCCGCGCCUGGCUCUCCAUAAACCUCCGGUUCUUGUUGAUAUCCACCUCAUUCGCCCGGUAUUACGUAAACGACAAACAGGGAGAACGGUAAAGUUGCUCAAGGGUGCGACUUGGACGUGGUGUCUGAUGUAGACUCGGUUCGGAGUUGAUUCCCCUCCACUCCACACCGCUGGCCUUCUAUCAUUUCUCGACAGCCGGGAAAGAGGCGCUGGUCGCGGGCAUGGAUGCCGUGUGGAUGCUGCCUGUGCUGCUGGUGCUCCCGCUCCUGUUAUGGACCAGCAGCACGUUCGUUUUCUAUUUCAAAAAGUGCUUCUAUGUGGCGUACAUGAUGCUGCUGGCCGUUAUCUCCAUACCGAUUUGCAUUCUGAAAAGCGGCGGCAGGGACAUCGAGAACAUGAGGGUCAUCCGGUUCAUGGUUCACCAUGUGAAGUACUUCCUGGGUCUGCGCUAUCAGGUCAGCGGUUGGGAACAUCUACAGACAGACGGACCCUACGUCAUCAUCUCCAACCAUCAAUCAUCACUCGAUGUGCUAGGCGUGAUGGAGAUCCUGCCGGACCGCUGCACGAUGAUCGCCAAGAAGGAGCUGAUAUGGGCCGGGACGGUGGGCAUGAUUUGCUGGCUGGGAGGAAUCGUCUUCAUCAACCGCCAAAAGACCAGCGACGCCAAGAACGUCAUGAGCGACGCCGCUAAAACCAUGCUGGCCGACAAGAUCCGAUUGUGGGUGUUUCCAGAAGGCACACGGAAUCAGAACGGCGGGCUUUUGCCCUUUAAAAAGGGAGCAUUUCAUCUGGCCAUUCAAGCACAGGUUCCCAUCAUACCCAUCGUCUUCUCUUCCUACAGUAACUUCUACCUACGAAAAGAGAAAGAGUUCAAAUCAGGAAGCAUCACUCUGAAAAUCCUUCCAAAGAUCGAGACAAAGGGACUGACGGCAGACGAUGUGACGACUCUCUCCGAGCAAUCGUUUGGCAUCAUGCGUUCGGCCUUCCUGGAGAUCUCCGGACAAACAGUGCAGAGCAACGGGCCAUCCACCCACUGAGCGCCCUUUCAUUCGCUCCGACAACAAGGAUGGCUUGAGACUACUUCGUCGUCGUCGUGGUGAUGCUAACCAUGACAGCCAGGCGCUUUAGUGUCCUCUCUGACGUCCUCAUGAAGCAGGAACACAUGUCCAUACAGACAGACAGACGCACAUACAUUCACCUUGACUACGGUGCAUACAGCAGAUGUUAUCUUAGCCUAGUUUUGAUCUCCCGUUGGACUCCGAGGGGCGCUAAGCGACGGAACGGUGUUCCACGUCAUUUUCGAUGUUGGUUCGGCUCGGACUGCUUUUGUCGGCGACAGGUUGAGUUUUGGAGCGACGCCCUGAGAACAUCGUGGAUGUGUGUUCGACAUGCAUGCCUUUUCUAUGUUCCACUUCCUUUCACUGAUCUACAGAGACUCGUUCUGUUCGUUUGUGUAGGUCGCUUUUUCUCGAGGUUCUCUGCUUGCAUUAUGGGAAAUCGGUGACAAACAUCGUUUUACUUCUCUGUCUUUUUUUCGUAUGCAAGUGUAUUUUUCUUUAGACACGCCCCUUUAUUGUUUUAAAUAACUUUAUUGAUUCAAUGACCAAAAAGAAUAAUUUGGAAAUGUCCAAAUGUGUCGUCACAACCAAGGAUUCGGAAAACUCAUUAAAAGGUUUCGUUCAUAACGAAUAUCUUCAUUGUCACUGUUACAAAGUGCGGCUUCUUCUUGUGCCAUGUGUCCAAAGUGUCUCAGCCGUUGGCUGUGUAUAAUGGUAGAAUAUUGUGGAAAAACUCUAUUGAUUAUUGAUCUGUGAUCAGGAUUGUUUGAUUAGCGUUUAGGAUAGAAAUACGUUCCAGUUGGCUUAAGUUCGGUGCUUUGCUCAUUUCCUGUUUUGGUUUGUUUUGAGGCUACAAAAUACUUUCUUUUCUAAAAAUGUACUUAACAUUGUUCAAUCCUUUUGUUUAAACUAAAAACCAUUUGCAAGGGAAUUGCUAUUAUAAUAACUAAUCGAAGAAGUAUUAUCUAACACAUUAUAUAGAGUAUGGCGUUAUCUAAGCAGCCAAUUUAACUAAAAUGUGUUUAAGAGCCUUUAUUAUUAAUAGUCAGAUUUUGAAGGACAAAAUCAAAAAUCUAUUUUACAUUUGUUGACAAAACUUGGAUUUUUCUUUCAAAACCUGCUGCUAAAAUUAUCCAGAGAAAUUAUUAUAAUGUAAAAUGCUGAGGUUUGUAAUAUUUUUAAGUGGAUGUUGACGAACGUGAUCAUAAAUGGGCCACGUUCGCAGAUCGUCAACGUCUAGUAAUUGUCAUGAGCUUAUUUCUGUUCAUAGAUGAGGUAUUACAUUUUAUCCUCAACUUUACAGUUUAACAAAGAAAGUCCAUAUUUAAACGAAUUAUAAAAAUAAAUGUAUAUAAAUCUGAAUAUGUGAAAAUGGCAUUCACAAUUUAAUCUCAAAAUGACCAAUUAUUUAACACCUAUUUAUUAAACCAGACUGUAUCGACAGCUUAGGGCAGUAAAGUAAGAUGAAUAUUUGUUAUUACUUUCUAAUCGCAUUGCAUUGUUGAAUCUUCUAUUUAAUGCUCGAUGUUGCCGUUCUUAUUGUUUGUUAAGAAUGUAUAACAUCUGAUCCUUAAUUUAAUAUGUACAAUAUUAUUUAAGAGGACUGAAUUGUACGUAUCUUAUUAUAACGGCUCGUUGAGCUGAAAGACAUUUUGCUUUGAACGAAUGUUCAGUUUGGUUUAUGCUAAAGGUCCAAAUUAGGCCCUGUUAUUGUUAUUAUUUAGUACAAAUAUAAACUCUUUUAUGUUGUGUAUUAGUUCACAGAUUUUAUAAGCCCCCUUGUUUUGGAUGUCAUUUUUGCCCUGCUGACUAAAAACCAUGCUGCGUUCACGAAACCGUGUGUACAAGGUGUUGUGUGAUUUUCACCAAAGCUAUUAAGGAUGUACAACAGGUGAAGCUUGUAAACGCUCUGAUUAUAAGAUCUGUUAGACGAACCUGUCAAGACAUUUCACGGUCAGCCUUGUGUACGUGUGUGUAUAUGAGAGAGUGUGUGUGUGUGUCCAUUGUGUGUGCUGAAUGUGUUUGUAUGGUGACCCGACACACAAAUGAGCUAAAGCCCAUUGUAAAAUCUGAAACGUUAUAUAAGACGAUGAUUAUAUAUAAAAAUGUUGAUUGUGGUAGAAUCUGGAUGCGACCUGUGUUAAGAACAUCUAGGACAAAGAGUCAAUAAAAUCGUCUGUUUUUCCAA